AUGCAAAAUUCAGAAGGUAUCUAUCUAAGUCAAAAGAAAUAUGCUAGUGAGUUGUUGGAGAGGUUUCACUUGCAUAAUGGAAAUCCAGUUAAGAAUCCAAUUGUACCAGGUUCUAAAUUCUCGAAGGAUGGAGGAGGAGCUAAGGUGGAUGCAACCUUAUUUAAACAAUUAAUUGGGAGUCUCAUGUAUAUUACUGCUACAAGGCUAGAUAGAGGUGAUACAACAGAACUAGUUGCCUAUAUAGAUAGUGAUUAUACAGGGGACAUCGAUGAUAAGAGGAGUAUGAGUGGUUAUGUGUUUUUGAUGAAUAGAGGGGCAGUUUCUUGGGCCUCAAAAAAGCAGCCGGUGGUGACACUAUCAACCAUAAAAGCUGAAUUCAUUGUGGCAGCAUCUUGCGCCUAUCAAUGUGUCUGGAUGCAAAGGAUUCUGCAGUAA